UGAAACUUUCAUAUGAUUGGUCUGGCUUUUUUCCCCCGCCCUUUUGCAACAGCUGCCGGCAUCCUUCCUUACAGUCGCAUCCAUGUAUGCAUCCAUUGUCAACACAGUCAACAGGUGCUUAUGUCCUGGCUGCCAGCUUGGCCAGGGCAGUUUUGGCUUCACAGGCCUGCAGUCAUUCAUACCACAUACCCACACAUUUUCCAUCCAUCCAUCCGAUCGGUGUCACACACCGUCGGCUCCUUCCUCUUCCGCCUGGGCCCCCCCUGUGUACUCACCGGCAUGUCUGAGGGUGAGAAGUAGGCAGGUGCCAGCUCCAACAACCACUCGCCACGCACUUGCGUCACCGUCUGUGCAGACACAACCGACAGACAAACACAGCUAUGUACGUAUGUAGGUCAAAUGGGGAAGGCCUCGACUCAACUCCACACGCACGGUACAGUAGUCAUCUGACUGACUGGAGUCUGAAGUUUCACUCCCCCCCUCCCUCCCUCACCCACCCGGAUGUAGUUUUUGGAAGUGAGAACGAAUUCGUGAUAGAGCACCCACCUGCCAACCGACCGACAGUCACGUGUGUGUCCGUACAGUCAGUAUGUGCAUGCAUGGGCUGUGCUGUCGACUCGACGCACUCACUCUGGUUUGUGAUCGAGACACGUCGAUGGGUGCAGCGCAACCACCUGGGUAUGGAUGGUAUGACACACGAAAAUGGUCCGUCACAACAUAAUACACAUAACAUACAACACUCAAAGAGGGUGCUCGGGACCGCUCUGCGUGUCCUGCUCGUCCCGCUCGCUGUACCCACCUGAUUGUCCUUGACAGUGAGAAAAUGACCAGAUCGCUCCAAAUGAGCAAUCUGCCGCGAAACACGUACGUGCAUCGGUGUGGUGUCUCGCUGCCUCUCAUGAAUGUGCCCCUCUCUCUGUCACUCUCUCUCGCAGUGUGUGUGUGUGUGUACCUGCAUGAAGAAGCCUGAUACGAUUGCCUUGCGUAUGUUUGGAUAGUAGGCUUUGUCGUGGUAGUUGGUCGACACCAGCCGGAGCUGGAAACGCUCCAUGAUGCGCUGCAGCUGAGUCCUCACAUUCUCCGCUGACAACAGCGACUGAACAUACACAACAAACACAAGACAGACGCAGAUAAGAAACAUAUACUCAACCACCAGCGCCCCCACGCUAUCCACGCUAUCUCCUAUCCCGCCCACCAAGCCACCCAUCUCCCCACCCACCCGAUGAUUGAGGAAGUUGUCGUAGCAGAAACUCUUGCCGGCACCUGCACAUACCAGAGCACACGCAGACGCCAUGAUGCCGCUCACGGACGCAUACUAAGUGUAUGUAUGCCAGGAGUGCAAUGGGUCGGUCUGUGUGACCUUGGGCCUGUUUGUAUGCGUGGAAGACAUUGAGUAGUGUGAGGUGGUCGCCGUCGAGAUGUGAGAACCGACCCUUGGCCUCGUCCGCCUCACGCAUCGCCUCACGGGGACGCACGAAGCAGUGCGGGACGCUCAGCAUUGCCUGAAGUGACAUACGAAGCGAGAAUGACUGACUGCACCGACCGACAUAUGGUGUACGUACGUGUUUCAUAUGAUCUGUAUGAGCUGACUGACCGCUAUGGAGAGUAUUUCAUUGGAGCAGUUGAAUUUGGGGGAGUCGACGAGCAUCUUGGCCAGCUGCGGGUCGAGGGGGAACUCGGCCAUCAUUUCACCCAGCUCUGUCAUGUCGCCCUCGUCGUUCUGCUCACACAACAAACACACAACACACAACACGCAACACACAGCACUGUUUGUAGGGUCGGGUGGACGCAGCCCGCCCGCCUACCAGUGCUCCAAGGUAGUUGAGCAUUUCCAGUGCCCGCAUUAGGGUCUCUGUAUGUCCGUCCCAUGCACACACAGGGCGUACAGUGCAGGAAGGCUUCCAUUGAUUGACAGGGGUCCCCCUGCACAGCUGUGCACCUGGCUUUUACCAGGGGCGGGUGGGUCCAUAAAGUCAAAGUGGACAAGAUCAUCAAUGCCCAGCUUCUUCAAGGUCAACACGACACUACCCAAAUUGGACCUGAUGGCGUACCAAGGCAGGUAGGCAGGCAGGGGUGAAUUCGUGGCCGACUGGCAGUAAGGUGGAGGUCCGUCUACAUACCUGAGUAUCUCCGGGUAGGUCUGCUCCACCAGUUCUGCCUCGAAGGCCUUCUCCGUGUACAGCCGAAAGCACUUGCCAGGACGAGUGCGGCCAGCCCUAUAGGCAGACAGCAGACACAGCAGGCAAGCAGGCAAGCAGGCAAGCAGGCAGGCAGGCAGGCAGGCAGGCAGACGCACAGACACGGACCAACACGUGGGUGUGUUGCGUUGUUGAUAUGUGAGUGCAUGGCAUGGCAUGCCCUGCCCCGCAUGCCAUUUAUGUAAUAUAUCGAUGGGUGUGUGUUGGGUGACGGACUGACCUUCCUGCUCUCUGGUGAGCUGAGGCCUUUGAGAUGGGGCUGACGAGGAGCGAUUCCACCCGGAUGCGGGGAUUGUACACCUUCUGCUUGGCAAAUCCCGGAUCGACCACAUACACAAUGCCUGUCAGUCAACCACCACCACAUCACAUACAUACGCAUAUCACAGUAUGGGGAGGGAGGAUGCUUGCUCGUAGCGGGUGACUGAGUGAGUGCAACGACCUUGCUUGCUUGUUUACUCACCGUCGAUGGUGAUGGAUGUCUCUGCGAUGUUGGUGGCCACAACGCACUUGCGUCCAGGUGGGCCACCCUCAUACGCGGGGCCUGGCGCUGGCUCGAAGAUCUUCUGCUGCAUGGCCGGCGGCAGAGAGGCGUACAGGGGCACCACCAUCAGCUCACCCGCCUGAAUGAAACCAUACACACAUACAAACAUACGUGAAACGAUGCACUCAUUGAUGGAUGCAUGGGUCAGUGUGGAAGGACAUGCGUACCUCGACCAUCUUAGGGGAUUCCUUCUCGAGCUGCUUCUUGGCCCCCUCGAUCUCCUCCUCACCUACACACAGGACACUCUAGUCGGUACAUCCAUACGGCCUGGGUGGGUACGUGCGUAGGUACGUACCUGUGAGGAAGAGGAGUAUGUCGCCUGCUGGCUCAGAUGCAUGGAUCUGCAGCACGGUCCGAAUGGCUGCCUCCAGGUAAUCCCUGACCGGCAGCACCAUCCGCACACACAGGACAGUGGUUGGUUGGUUGGUUGCUUACUUCUCCGGCUCUGGUGUGUAGAAUAUUUCCACAGGGUGCAGCCGGCCGGGGAUGUUCAGCAAAGGGGCACCGUCGAAAUACUGCAAGACAAGUGAAACACACAUUGUGGACAUGCACAUACGCACCUAUCACCCAUCAUGUAUCACCUCACGUUUCUCGUUGUCUGCCUCGUGUGUACCUUUUGGAACUUCUGGGCAUCGAGUGUGGCGCUCAUGACAACCAGCUUGAGAUCUGCACCCAUGCGGGCGGAUAAGGGAUACAUACAUACAUACAUACAACGUGUGGUUUGUUUCCCUUCUCGACUGACUGACUGACUGACUGACUAACGCCGUGUGUGCAGGUACGCAUGCAGGUCGGUGUGUACCAGGUCUGUUUUUGAGGACUUCCUUGAGCAGCCCGAAGAGGACAUCGGUGGCGAGGGUCCGCUCGUGCGCCUCAUCGAGGAUAACCACCGAGUACUUCUCCAGCAGCGGAUCAGCCAUCGCCUCCCUAAGCAGCAUACCGUCUUGGGAGGCACCACAUGUGCGCAGUCAGUGCAUCAGCACACACAAACCACAGCCACGCAAGGCACAGCGUAGCACAGAACCAACAGGCCAGCACCAGCGCGAGCAACAGGCAGGCAUGCACAAUUCAUCCAUUCAGAGAAGCAGCAGCCAGGCAGCACGAAUCCGAGAGCCGCCAGCGACACGACAGGAGGGAUCGUGACGGAUAAUGAUAAAUAGCAAGUAGGGCAAAUACAUGAGUCACCAAAUCGUCCAUUUCCAGCAAGGCAAACGUGACUGAGCUGCGUGCAGUGCACUCGCUGGCUGGCUGGCCUGUUGACCUGGCUGCCCAUGCAUAUACGCAUGGCUCUCGCUCUCUCUCUCUCUCUCUCUCUCUCCUUGUCUGGUCUUAGUCGUACCGGUGAGGUAUUUGAGUACGGUUGUGGCGCUGGUGCAGUCCUCGAAACGGAUCAGGUAACCGACAAAGGAUCCGAGAGUCACAUCCUGAAUGAAUGAAUGAAUCAAUGGAUCAGCCAGCCAGCCAGCCAGCCACCCACACAAACAACGAGGGAGAAAUGAGCCUGAGGGUCGAUGAUAAACAUGUAAGGCAUUGCAUCCUGUAGGUACGUACCAUCUCAUCUGCCACUCGCUGAGCGACACUCAUGGCGGCGACACGACGCGGCUGCGUACACGCUAUCGCCUUCCUGAACACAAUCAGACACAUAGGAAGCGGUCAACAGACAUCGAGCCCUCUCUCUGUGUGCGUAUGUGUGGUGUGGUGGUUUGCUGACUGACCCGUUUCUGAGUCCUGCAUCGAGUAUGAAUUGUGCGCACUGUGUGGUCUUGCCGGAUCCCGUCUCGCCUACGAGGAUGGUGACCUGGUACUUCUUGACCAGCUUGAUGAAGUUCUUCUUGGCCUCCCACGCUGGCAGACGCUUGCGCGUCUCAAGAAUUUCAUAGUACCGCUGGCUGUACGCUGAUGGACAGACAGACGGACGCAUGGACGGACGGACGGACGGUACGGACGGAAGGAAGGACAAACAAGAUCAGGGGAGUGUGUGUGUGUGAAUGGUUCCUUCCUUCCUUCCUUCCUUCUGCCUACGCUUGUUAGUGAAAGGGCUGAUUGCUGUUCCCUCUGCUUGUCCAUCCUCCAGCUUGAUGCUCUUGGAUGGCCUGUUACACAUACACAUACACACGUAGCAAAGUCAUGCGACGUCACGUCACUCUUGCCUGUCAUCGCUGGCAGGAGGCUUAUCCCAUCCAGACGGCAGAUCCAACUUCCUCUUAGCCAUCCCGCGUCGCAGUCAGGG